AUGGCGUCUGGAACCCUCCCUAACGAUGCCUUCCUGGUAGGAAAGCCAACAAUCACCUUUUUGCCAGAAACCGAAACAUCGAAAGCUGUGAUUCUCGAGCCAUACCAUGUUGAUCUCCUGCCAGUAUUCAAUUAUGAUAGUGUAGCUGCCGGCCAAUCCUAUUGCACGAGGUUAUUGCUUCGUUUGCCUACUGAUGUGACCAGAUUCUCUGGUCUUGUCGUCGAAGAGCCAUCGCACCUAUGGGGCGGUACCAGCAUAUGGCGUCAUAUCAAUCGUUGGCUUAUGCGCAAUGGUCAUGCAUGGCUGGAGGUUGAUUCCCAAGCACCCUCGGCGAUUGAAAAGAUCAAGAAUGCCGAUCCUAUUCACUACGAGAACAUGGACUUCAUUCCGGGUUUGCUUGCGGAAGAGUUCGCCGAGAAAUAUUCCGAAACUCUUUAUGUGAAUUACAGCGCAUUCAAAGCAAAAUGGUGGCCCGCUACUUCGCAAUCUCCAGAAAUUCUGGCUGCUGCAUCCUACGCUCUCAGACCCGGAGAAAUGGGUAUCAAAGCCCAGAAAGUCAUUUUGACUGGACUUUCGCAGACUGGUGGUGUGACCCGACGAUUUAUCACCCAGUCAUCCCAUGUACGGCUUCCUAAUGGCUCUCUUCCAUUUGAUGGCUUCAUUCCUUGCCAGACUGGUGGACUUGCACUUCCGGAUGUUGCUUCCGCGAAGAUAAUUGAGCUCCUUGGCGAGUCUGAGUUUCAAUCUGUUCGCUAUCCUUGUGGGGUCAGUGGGCAGCUCAAAGAUACCAUACAUCGACGCGCGGACAGUGACUCAUUCCGCAUAUACGAAAUAGCUGGAAUGGCUCAUCGAGAAUCACGAUACCCCUCAAGUCGGGAUGUCAGAAGAAUGGAAGGCGUUGAUCUAAAUGGGGCACAGUGGAGCACCUUCUCGAAUUCUUUUGUUUACCAUGCUGUGUUUGAAGCUAUGGACAAAUGGAUUACCCAUGGUAUUGCGCCACCAUCAAGCGCUCUCAUUGAGACUGUUGAGUUGAGUGAUGAGAUUCUUCGCGACGAGCAUGGCAAUGCCCUUGGUGGAGUUCGGACUCUACAUACAGAUGUACCUCUGGGACGGCUUGUUGCAGCCACCCCGAAAGGGCGGCCUAGCUGGUACUGCGAUAAAUCAUGCAUUGCUCAGGGUCUGAAUUUUGUUUCAGCGACGAGAAACUUCUGGCGAUUUACGGCUCGGUCGCAGAGUAUCGACGUCGUGCGGGAGGAGCCAUUCAACGACAAAUGGAAAGCCGCUUUCUUUUACCUGAAGAUGCAGAGAUCCUGCGCCGAGAAACAGUCGAGGGGUGGUUUUCUAGUUGGAUAUUUGGUCAUGUAG